AUGUCGAGAGCACCACAACGUAUGAACUCUCAACAAGUCGUAAGGCUUCUAUUUUCGCUCCCAGAUGAGGAAGAUGUCCUUGAUGAUUUUAGCUGUGGGCUAAGGAAAAAGGUUUUAAUCCAUGGCAGACUAUUCUGUACCGACAAUUUUCUUUGUUUUUAUGCCAACAUUUUGGGCUUUAAAACUAAGCAGGUCAUUCCUUUCCGCGAUGUCAUAGCAAUUCGUAGGCAUAAAGGCUCAAUCACAAAUUCCAUAGAAAUCGCCUGUGCCAACAAAAAAUCAUUCUUUUUUGGGUCGUUCACGAGAAGAAAUGAAGCAUUUCAAUUCAUUUAUAGUCUAUGACGAAAUUCGGGGUAUUGUGAUGAAUCUCAAGACACAGGAGUGUGGAGUGAUGAUGAAGAUCCACCUCCAACGCAAGAAGAAGAGGAAAAGGAAGGAAUUACUAUGCUUCCUACAGAAGAUGAAGGCGACAGGACAGAAACUCUUAAAGCCAUUUUACCUAUAUAACCCAUAUAUGCAUUAAAAUGGCGGCAGUGCCAACCUGCCCUUUUGGCGUAGCAGUCCAGAUUUUAUGGCUACGACAAACUGGGACGGAUUCCGAGCAGAGAAUCAAGUGCAGACUCAAAGAAUGUGCAUCUGGGUAAGUUUUGACUGCUUUUUUUGUGGUUGGAAAUGAGGUACUACACAACGUCCUUAGAUCAGAGGAAACGUUCCUCUACUUAGAAACUAGGGGUUUCGGUUCAGGCCGCAGGGGAGUAGUUUUUUUUCCUGUAGCUAUCGAAGGAAAGCACUUCUUCACCCGAUAGACUCCAAGGAGAUGAUCUAUGGAAUCAAGAUUUUCCAAUCACCUGUAGUAGGGCCGCAGAAAUUCAUAGGCCAUACACUCAAGACUGAAGCCUCAAUGCAAGGAGUCAACAGAAGGUACCGGAAGUGGCACAGACUCUCUGAGCUGGAGUCGAAAAGCUGUAGAACCUCCCGAAGGAAGUCUUUGGUGACUGCGUCACCAAUAUAGCUCACGCCUAAAUUUUAAUAACCUAACCUAUAACCCCCAAAAAAUUUUUUGAACUCUUUUUUGCUGACGACGCUACUUAUCCUAUUAAGGACUAUUGCAUGGAAAGAAAAGACACUGAGUUUGAGAUCACCAACUGAGUCGAAAACGAAGAGUUAGGAGGCUGGACCAGAGAAAUCAAAUUCCGAACCAAAAUAAAUGGCCCUUCAAUAGGUCCAAAGACAACAAGAUGCCACAGAACACAAGUAUACAAAUGGGUUGAUGGAAAUUUAAUAAUAAAAACGUCGUCCAAAGCAUUAGAUGUUCCCUAUAGCUCUUAUUUUGUUGUCGAAGAUGAGUGAAAUAUCACAGCCAAUGGAGCCGAUAAAUCUAUUUUCAGGUGCUUAGUCUCAAUUAAUUUUUUGAAAUCUACAAUGUUUAAAGGAACCAUUGAGAGCAGAUCAAAAACUGAUGUUGCAGCUGACCAUGAAAAUUGGCUUAAAUCAGCUAGAGCAAAAUGUUUGGGAGAUGUGCCUUCUCCUGCUGAAAAACAGCCUGAAAAGCAAAUUCAUCCAAUCGCAAAGUACGAUGAAGUUGACUUAAAAGCAUAUCGGCAAAAGACUAAAAUGAUUUUGAACUCAGCUCCGAAUUCAGUCAAUAGUUUGCUACUUUUCAAUACUAUUUGCAUCAUUCUGCUGUUUUUUUAUCUAAAUCACUUGUUUGGCAGACUGAAUGAAUUGAGUAGCCGAGCACGCGUGGACUUAUAA